AGUCAUACAGUCUUAAAGACAGAAUGAGAGGCUUCUGGAGUCACAGAAUUUUAGAAGGUGAGAGCAAGGGACUUCCCCAAGGUCACACGGCCAGGGCGCUGCGGCAGAGGACUGUGGGGAAGCGCUGGAGAGCGGUGGGGAUUUCCUUCCCCCUUCGGAGCCAUUUUCGGUGGCCCAUCUCCAAGCGUCCCAGUCCCCGGUAGCUGAAAGGAAGGGGGCGUGGCUGGCCCCGCUUAGGCCCGGGACCGCCGGGGGAUGCCUCUAGGCUUUGGAGCCCCCGGGUGGCCCCUGCAGCCAGCGCUCCCCCGCCUUCCAGAUGACAAUUUGUCGGGCACCAGCGGCAUGGAGGUGGACGACCGCGUGUCGGCGCUGGAGCAGCGGCUGCAGCUGCAGGAAGACGAGCUGGCGGUCCUAAAGGCGGCGCUGGCAGAUGCACUGCGUCGUCUGCGGGCGUGCGAAGAACAGGGCGCAGCGCUGCGCGCGCGGGGCACCCCCAAGGGCCGGGCUCCUCCACGCUUAGGCACCACCGCCUCAGGUAUCCCUGCUAGAUUGGAGGGGUGAAAUGGGGAGGGCCCAGGGCCCGGACCUCAUACUCACUCUCUUCGGCCCUCUAACCUCAUCUCUCCAGUGUGUCAGCUCUUGAAAGGCCUUCCCACCAGGACGCCCCUCAAUGGCUCGGGACCCCCGCGGCGUGUGGGCGGCUAUGCCACGUCCCCAUCCUCCCCCAAGAAGGAGGCGACCUCCGGGCGCAGUGGCCGCCGCUACUUGUCGCCAGAGCGCCUUGCCUCUGUGCGCCGCGAGGACCCCCGCAGCCGUACCACAUCCUCCAGCAGCAAUUGCAGCGCCAAAAAGGAAGG